AUGGAAGGCCGCUCGCCAGCGACUCCGGUUAGCCCCUACACCCUCGCCAACGAGCGAUUUAAGACCAACCUCAACCGGAACAAGACGCGGAAAUGGGUCGAGGCCAAGAAGAUUGACUAUGGCGGCGAUGACUGGGGAGCCGAGGAUGAAGGUGACGAGGACGAAGACGAAGAAGAAGAAGAAGAAGAAGAAGAAGAAGCACAACAAGGAGGAGGAGGAGGAGGAGGAGGAUACGGCGCUGGCGACAGUGGAAGCCCUACAGAAGCAAACCCGCCUAUGGCUCUGGCGCAACAUCCCACGCGCCCCGGUAGGCUGGCGGGCCUGCGCUCGAUCGGACAACAGGACAGCGGGAACUCGACGUCUCGCUCCGGAUCCGGCGGGUCAGCACGCAGUCUCAGGCCCAGCGAGAGGGUAGCCAUGGAGAGGCAGGGCUCCUCAUCAGGAGGAGCAUUAGGGGGACAAACACAAGGACACAGGAUCGUGACGGGCCCGCCUUCGUUGCACAUCCACACAGGUGUCCAGUCACAGCGACCCGUUCAGCAGGUCGAGUCCGCACUGUCGACGUCGACAUCGCCCUACUCUGCGAAUGUAGCUCAACCUCAUUACCCCCCACGAAAGAGCAGCAUGGCCAGUCGGGAAAGGCCUAAUUUGACUGUCGACUCCAGUAUGCACCCGCCCCGAACUUCCUCGCGGUCCGUGUCACCAGCCAGCGGAUCGUUGGCCGCACCACCUGCACCGCCCAAGAUGCCAAGGCCGUCCGAGGUAGAAAAGAGCGAGGAACAGCAGGCCAAGGAAGGAGACUACGAGCACGAGCCAAACGUUUCUACAGUGCAGUCGAGUCUUGUCCAGACCGGCGGCGGUGUCAAAGGUAAUGGAGAAGAAGGUACUGACGGCAGCCAGCGUUCACAACCUUUGGCAGCUGUCGCGGAGAGGAAGAGCGAGUAUGAUCUGGAUCGAGCAGUAUCUCAACAACCCGACGCGCCUUCACAGCCCACAAUGAGUAGUGCCCCUGCAGAACCAGUACAAUCUUCACUGCUGCCAGCACUGUCGCAACCGUCCACCAUGGACGAGACAGUACCACAGGAGCCCCGAAAGAGGUUCUCGACCAGCCCCAAACUGCCAGACCUCAAUCGCCUGUCCGGUUUUGGAAGCGACUUCUUCUCCAGCGGCGGAGGUUUCAUGAGCGACACAACUUCGAGCAGGCCACAGCAACUACCACCCUCUGCUGCUGCUGCUGCUGCUGCUGCACCGUCUGCUGUCCAAGAAGAACAACAAGAGAUCCAAGAACCUAGACAGCCCAGGCCGUUCCGACCGUCAAUACCUGGCGGCUGGGUCAGCGAGACGACUUCGAUCCCCAGUGAGAUGCCCACACCGUUCCGUGAGCAGGAGAACAAAUCUAUUGGCAGUGGUCUGGCCUUGCACGCCGGUCAAGACAGGUCAACAUCUUCUGGCAACAAUAGCGAGCGGACAGAAGAUGCCUCCCUCAAACCUGCGCCCUUGCGAACACCAACGCCGCGAAGUGUGAGCCCCACCAAGAGCGAUGCUGGUAGUAGAGGAGGGCCCAGCAGAUCCAGCCACCAUGCAUCGGCAGCACCAGCGUCUGCUAUGCUUCCUCCUCCUUCAUCUCUGCAGAACACGUCAAGUCCGCUGGCAAAUGUAGAAGACCCUACCAAGACUACUGGCAACACCGAUGAAGGCCACACACCCGAUGACGACGGGGCCGAGAUUCGCAAUUCGUCAGAGGCGGCGGCAGCGGUAGUAUCAACAGCGCCUGACGAUGCGCCUGCACCCCUACAACCACGGAGACGACCAUCAACAGAACAAAUAUCCGCUGCUGUGGAGAGACCCCAUCCCAUGAGCAGGGUAGACACAAUGGCCAGCACUGCGGACUCUUCACCACUCAAGGAGAGCGACGUCCUCCGCGAUGAGAUUAUGCGCAGCCUCAGCCCAGUCCGUUCGUCUCACUCAAAUCUGAACACAUUUCAGGACGAGAGUGCCGCACGCGAGAGCGCCUAUCUCAAUGAUGUGUAUGGCGACUACUGGACAGCAGCGGCGGAUGAUACGACCAAGGAUGAGCAUGACCACAAUGGCAAUAACCCUCCUGAGGAGCAGGCUAAGGUUCUAGGGCGUCUGGGCGUGAACGCGGACAAGGACAAGGUGGAGCCCAUCCCUUCUACUACGUCCGAGUCUGCUAUGCCACCGCUUGCUGCCAACGAGCCAGAGGCCCCGCCCAGGCCUGAUGUGGCUCGGGACCGUUUCUCAUGGGAAGCAGCUGGUGAAGAAGGAGGCGAUCCCAGCCCACCACUACCGACUGUGAAUCCUCAUCAUCCCCUCCCGGAACUCCCCAAAGAGGAGGAGCCUACUGGUUCACCUUCAGCCGCCCCGCCCCAGCUGAGUCCUGUCGACUCAGGCGGCCCCAUGUCUCCUCUCAUCUCUCUGCCAGUGUUGAACUUUGGACGCGAUGGGGACCAUAAGGAUCAUGAUGAGCACGACCAUGAUGGUGGGAAGGAGGUUGUAGAAAACGGACCCUCCAGGGACGAACAGAGGCCGCCAUACCAAGUGACCUCAGACAGUGAUGUGCCACAAUCGCCAGUCUCCCCUUCGGGCAAAGAGGUCCUCACAGCAGAACCCACAAACAACCGUGGGAGCAUGUUUUUCUCGGGAAGCGAAGAAAAGAUUACCGUCAUAUCACCCACAUCUCCGUGGUCCCCAACGUCCGACGUCGAGAAUGCAGCAGUACACCAGCAGCCCCGGCAUGCCGACUCGCUCACGUCCGAGACAACACCCAAUGACAUACCUCUACCGCGCAGCCCGUCGCCUGCUCGAGAGGGUGGCAGUGGGGAUGAUGCUCACCAGCCAUCGUCUUCACCGCAGCAGCAGCAGCAGCAGCAGCAGCAGCAGCACAUCGCAAGCCUCCGGCAGAUCAUGUCCCUGCCCACAUCCCCAGAGCGCGUAUACAAGAUGCUCGAGGCCCGGUCGGACCUUGCGUCUACACCCUCUGGUCUCAUGGACUGGCUCGCCCAGAUCCUCGCCACCCCAGAGCACGCCCACGGGGGCCCUUCUUUCCAGUACGCACCCGCGGGCGACGACGUGGCCAUCCUUGCCAACAGCAGGCCCAGGCCCAGCGGCGCCCCUGGUGUCGGAGGGGCUGGUUCCACAGCAGCCGGAGGAGGAGCAGCAGAUGCAGGUACGGGCCAGCAGCAUGCGCAUGGUGGACCGGUGCACCUGGGGUCCAGCGGGGGCGGAAGCGUGCGGAUUCCGGGGGCGAGCGCGGCCCAGCUGCAGCUAGGGCACCUGAUGCACGGGCAGGCCGGCACCAAGGGCAAGGAGCUGCUGCAGAGUGCCGGCAAGAUGGGCAAGGGGUUGCUAAGUAAAGGGAAGAAUAAGCUGAGGGAGAGGAAGGGAUGA